UCUCGGCCUCGGCUGAAAGCGCGGCUCCUGCAGCGCCCGGGGCUGCCGCAAUGCCAUUUCUGCAUGGCUUCCGAAGGAUCAUCUUCGAAUACCAGCCGCUGGUAGACGCGAUUCUGGGCUCCUUAGGGAUACAGGACCCCGAGCGGCAAGAGCCCCUAGACGGGCCCAAUUAUGUCACCAGCGAGGCAAGCCGAAUCCUUGUUCUCACUGAGCUGCUGGAGAGGAAAGCCCACUCCCCAUUUUACCAGGAAGGUGUGAGCAACGCCCUGCUGAAGAUGGCUGAGCUGGGGCUGACGCGGGCGGCGGAUGUUCUCCUACGGAAUGGGGCCAACCUCAACUUUGAAGACCCAGUCACCUACUACACUGCCCUGCACAUCGCCAUCCUGCGAAACCAGCCCGACAUGGUGGAGCUGCUGGUGCGUCACGGGGCCGACAUUAAUCGGAGGGAUCGGAUUCACGAGAGCAGCCCCUUGGACCUGGCCAGUGAGGAGCCAGAGCGCCUGCCCUGCCUGCAGCGCCUCCUGGACCUUGGAGCAGAUGUCAAUGCGGCUGACAAGCAUGGAAAGACUGCUCUUCUCCACGCGUUGGCCAGCAGUGAUGGGGUGCAGAUCCACAAUACUGAGAACAUUCGGCUCUUGCUGGAGGGAGGGGCAGACGUCAAGGCUACCACCAAAGAUGGGGACACUGUGUUCACCUGCAUCAUCUUCCUGCUCGGUGAAACAGUGGGAGGGGACAAAGAGGAGGCCCAGCUCAUCAACCGCUUCUGCUUCCAAGUAACGCAGCUGCUGCUCGCUCAUGGGGCAGACCCCAGUGAGUGCCCAGCCCACGAAUCCCUCACCCACUUCUGCCUCAAGAGCUUCAAACUGCAUUUCCCCCUGCUGCACUUCCUGCUGGAGUCUGGCGCCUCCUAUAACUGCUCCGUGCAUGGGGCGUCCUGCUGGUCUGGCUUUCACAUCAUCUUUGAGAGGCUCUGUUCCCACCCGGGCUGCACUGAAGACGAGAGCCACGUGGAUCUCCUGCGCAAAGCUGAGACCGUUCUGGAUCUCAUGGUGACUAACUCCCAGAAACUCCAGCUGCCUGAAAACUUUGACAUCCACCCUGUGGGCAGCCUAGCAGGAAGGAUCCAGGCCCUGCACUGCUCCUUGAGGCAGCUAGAGAGCUACCCUCCACCCCUCAAGCACCUGUGUCGUGUUUACAUCCGGCUGUACCUUCAGCCGUGGCCCGUGGAUGUCAAGGUCAAGGCCCUACCUCUACCUGACAGGCUCAAGUGGUACCUCCUCAGUGAGCACAGUGGCACCCUUCAAGAUGACAUCUGACAGGUCCCAGGCGAC